UGUAGAGGAACGGCUGUUAGUGUUUAGGUGUGGGCAGCCAGAGGUUAGGGUGUCUUCUCCGUUCGGCGAACCUCUGCUUCAGGAGGAGCCAUGGCGCUCAGGGUCACAAGGAACACAAAAAUUAACACAGAAAAUAAGGCCAAGGUCAGUAUGGCAGGCGCCAAGCGUGUGCCUGUGGCAGUUGCUGCUGCCUCCAAACCCGGGCUGAGAUCGAGAACCGCUCUUGGAGAUAUUGGUAAUAAAGUCAGCGAACAGGCAAGAGUGCCUCUGAAAAAGGAAGCAAAAACGUUAGGUGCUGGAAAAGGUACUGUUAAAGUUCUGCCAAAACCUGUGGAGAAGGUGCCUGUGUGUGAGCCAGAGGUGGAACUUGCUGAGCCUGAACCUGAGCCUGAACAUGUUACAGAAGAGAAGCUUUCUCCUGAACCUAUUUUGGUUGACAAUCCCUCUCCAAGCCCAAUGGAAACCUCUGGAUGUGCACCCGCAGAAGAAUAUCUGUGUCAGGCUUUCUCUGAUGUAAUUCUUGCAAUGAGCGACGUCGAUGCAGAUGACGGAGCCGAUCCGAACCUCUGCAGUGAAUACGUGAAGGAUAUCUACGCUUACCUCAGACAGCUGGAGGAAGAGCAGUCAGUUAGACCAAAAUACCUACUGGGUCGUGAAGUCACUGGAAACAUGAGGGCCAUCCUAAUUGACUGGCUAAUACAGGUUCAAAUGAAAUUUAAGCUGCUGCAGGAGACCAUGUACAUGACUGUGUCCAUUAUUGAUCGGUUCAUGCAGAACAGUUGUGUGCCCAAGAAGAUGCUACAGCUCGUUGGUGUAACUGCCAUGUUUAUUGCAAGCAAAUAUGAGGAGAUGUACCCUCCAGAAAUUGGUGACUUCGCUUUUGUGACUAACAACACUUACACUAAGCAUCAGAUCAGACAGAUGGAGAUGAAGAUUCUGAGAGUUCUAAACUUCAAUCUGGGUCGCCCUCUGCCUCUGCACUUCCUCCGUAGAGCAUCUAAAAUUGGAGAGGUUGAUGUCGAGCAGCAUACUUUGGCCAAAUACCUCAUGGAGCUCUCUAUGCUAGACUAUGACAUGGUGCAUUUUGCUCCUUCUCAAAUUGCAGCUGGGGCUUUUUGCUUAGCACUGAAAAUUCUUGACAACGGUGAAUGGACACCAACUCUGCAGCACUACCUAUCCUACACUGAAGAAUCCCUGCUUCCUGUUAUGCAGCACCUGGCUAAGAAUAUAGUCAUGGUGAACCGUGGCCUUACAAAGCACAUGACUAUCAAGAACAAGUAUGCAACAUCUAAACAUGCUAAGGUCAGCAUGCUGGCACAGCUGAACUGUACACUAGUUCAGAAUUUGUCUAAGGCCGUGACAAAGACAUAACUCCAAUGGACUACUGCAUCUGCAAAUGCAGUUGGCACCAUGUGCCGCCUGUACAUAGGAUACCGUGUUUACUUGCUCUUCAAUAAAGGUUGUGAAUUUUUACUUUG